CAGUAUUUCAUUCCUCAUCCUCUCACUGACUCACACGCUGAUGCUCAAUGAUGGCGGAUAGUGCGAGUGAGAGCGACACUGACGGAGCCACCCCUCAUUGCUCCUCAUCCUCGUCCUCCUCCAUCCUCAUCUCUUCAUUCCGUCUAGAGGAGUUGUCGAACCGCCUGGCCUCUUUACAGCAAGAGAACAAAGUGUUGAAGAUCGAGCUCGAGACGUUUAAAUUGAAAUGUAAAGCUCUGCAGGAGGAGAAUAGAGACUUGCGCAAAGCCAGUGUCACCAUACAAGCGAGAGCAGAACAAGAAGAAGAGUUCAUCAGUAACACUCUGUUCAAGAAGAUUCAGGCCCUUCAGAAAGAGAAAGAAACACUAGCAGUCAACUAUGAGAAGGAAGAGGAGUUCCUCACCAAUGAGCUCUCUCGAAAACUCAUGCAAUUACAACAUGAGAAAGCUGAACUGGAGCAGCACUUAGAGCAGGAACAAGAGUUUCAAGUGAACAAACUGAUGAAGAAGAUCAAGAAGCUGGAGAACGACACAAUCUCCAAACAGCUCACCUUAGAACAGCUCAGACGUGAGAAGAUCGACUUGGAAAACACUUUAGAGCAAGAACAAGAGGCUCUUGUGAAUCGGCUAUGGAAACGCAUGGACAAACUGGAAGCAGAAAAAAGGAUUCUUCAGGAGAAGCUUGACCAGCCUGUUUCUGCUCCUCCGUCCCCGAGAGACAUCUCCAUGGAGAUUGACUCACCUGAGAAUAUGAUGCGACACAUCAGAUUCCUCAAGAGUGAGGUGGAGCGUCUGAAGAAGAACCUCCGCACUGCAGAACUACAGCAUACAGAGAAAAGGGCUCAGUACAUAGAAGAAGAGCGCCACAUGCGGGAGGAGAAUAUCCGCCUGCAGCGGAAGCUCCAGAGGGAGGUGGAACGAAGGGAGGCGCUUUGCCGGCAGCUCUCUGAGAGUGAGUCCAGCCUGGAGAUGGACGAUGAGAGGUACUUCAAUGAGAUGUCCGCUCAAGGCCUGCGUCCCCGUACCGUAUCCAGUCCCAUUCCCUACAGCCCGUCUUCCAGCAGACCCAUUUCCCCAGGGUUGUCAUAUGCGGGUCACACAGUGGGCUUCACCCCACCAACUACACUGACCAGAGCUGGCAUGUCCUACUACAACACACCCGGCCUGCAUGUCCACGUAGGAGCCUCGCACGGCAUUGCAAGACCCUCCCCAAGAAGAAGCAACAGUCCAGACAAAUUCAAGCGGCCCACGCCUCCACCUUCCCCCAACACGCAUGCUGGCGUGCAUCCACCACCUCCCCCUCCACCCACCGGACACCCAACAUCAUCCCAGGCAGCUCAGCUGCAGCAACAGCAGUCCUUGCAGCCAUAGAUCAAUGCGCCAUCGCAGAGGACUCCAAACAGAGCCAAAGGCUUUCAAAAAUCCUUAUUUUCACUGUCUUGCACUGAAACCAUAAAUUUGUCUUGUGUUCAUAAUUUUGUGUUGAACAUCUCUUCAGUGUAUAGCACAGUUUUAGCAAGUACUUAGUGCUUUGACAUCUGUUUAUGUCAAGCGAUCUAUGGCCAUAGCAAUCUCUUAGAAAUUGCUUGGUCAUAGAUAGACAAAAAAUACUAUUGAGGAAAUGAUGUGGUCUUAUGUUUUUCAUAGUUAAUUAUUUUGUUAAGACACUUUAAAAGUGUCAACCAGAGUAGAAAAGUAGGACAUUCCAGAAAGGUAGGUUCAGUAGUCCAGAUGGAAUCGUGGUCAAAGCAGCGAAUGGCCUUUUAUUGAUGAAACAUUGGCCCAAAUAUUGCUUUUGAAUUCUCAGUUAAAUAAUUCAUAAAAAGGGUCUCAGAAAGUGAUAAAAAAAAAAAAAAACAUCCUGUUUUUACAGCAAUAUGCAUUUGAUAGUUGCUUCAUAAACAUAUUUGGAAAGCAAGACCACAAAAUAUGUUAAUCGUGCUGAAAAUAAUUAGCAUUAGUGAUGAAUUUCACAAAGAAAUGUCCAGGUAAUAUUUUCUCUCAAAAUUGCAUAAAGAAAAUGAAACUUCUGAGGACCAAAUAUAGCCUUAAAAUAGGCUUCAUUUGCUUUAUGCAAAAUGUGUUUUAUUGCAUUUUUUUCUGACCUGAACAGUAAUUGACUUUUAGCAGUGUUUGUGUGAGAACAUUCUGCGGUAGAUGACUUGGUGUUUUGUGGCUGCUGCAGAUGUAAUGCGUUGUUGGCAUCAGCCAGACUUUAAUCAUCCUGAUAGUUUCUAAAAGCUUUUUUAUAUUUCAGCAAGACACUUGAAACAUGAAAUGAUUAGAUUAGAAAAGACUAGUGUGUGUGUUUGUGUAGAGUUUGUCUUGUUUCUUUUUUCGAACACACCUCAACUCUUUUCUGCUAAACAGUGUCUGGUACCACUGUGAUAUUUGUUUUCUUACUUCAAAAUAUACCGAGUAUAAAAUUGAAUUUGGAAGUGAAUUAAAGCAUGUGUAAA